CCCUUUUCACUAAAAACAACAACAUUUCACCUUCUCUUUCUUUUAGACAAAAUGCUUGAGCACGUUUGGGUGACUAUGGAGUGCGUUAGUCGUGUAGUGGAGCGUUAACACGGCAAGAAUAUUGGGAGAAGAAAACUUUUUAAGGAAUCCAAUUCGCUACAGUUGAAAACAUGGCUGUACGCGAAGGAGAGGUUUUGCACAGUAAAAUCAGGCAUCACGAUGGAGUUGUUAAUGCAAACAGCACAGAGAGCUUCAGGAACGGCUAUGUGAAGAGCUGCGUCACCCCUUUAAAACAAGACCAUCAAAGGGGAUUCUUGUUAAACGUCUGUAGGUUUUGCAAUAAGGACAUUCUAAAUUCAAAAAUAUUUUGUAUUUCUGGACUAUACCUGGGUGCAUUCGCAUUUUUUGCAGUUUCUUUGCUUAUUUCCAGGUGCUUUCAAAGUGACUUUAGCUUUUGGGAUUUGCGGACUUUUCUGUCGGGCUUCUCUCAGUCCAUCAGCCCUCUCUUUAGCAUAGGCUGUGCAUUCUUCUUUUUGACAUUUUAUUUAAGGAGGAAAAAGAGAGAAAGUAAUAAAUGUUGGCUUGUGUCACUGCCAGCAUCAUGUUAUUUAGGGGAUUUUUUGGUUUUGCGCUUUUUGCAGUGGGGAGAGGACCAACAUCAGAUGCAAAUGGUGGGCAGGUUGUUAUUCGUGUUGGGUUGUGUGGGUUUCCUAACACUUAUCCCAACUUUGAAACUCAAACACAGUGUACUGAUUCUGGUUUUUGCCAGUGUUGUGUGGUUGGUUUCUUUCACCAGUCUGACCUGUCUGCCUGCACUCCUGAGACCAGUGUUUGCUUGUUUGGCGGGGGUCUCAGGCUCGCUCUUGGCGCUCUGUUUUGACCAUUAUUACCCGUCGAGGGAAGUGCCGAACAGGAUCUCAAGCGCUGAGGAAAAAGUCCCUGUGAUCAGACCCAGGAGAAGGUCCAGUUGUGUUUCUUUGGGGGAAACGUCGACCAGCUAUUAUGGCAGUUGUAAAAUGCCCCGCCGACCUUCAUUACCCUGCAUAUCCAGAGAACAGAUGAUCCUAUGGGACUGGGACCUAAAGCAGUGGUACAAGCCCCAGUAUCAGGGAGCAGUGAGUGGAAACGGGGUGGACCUGUCGGUCAUCAAUGAGGCCAGGAACAUGGUGUCUGACUUGCUAAUGGACUCGACCCUGCCUCCCCAUACGGUCUCAUCACUGCGCAGCAUCAGCAGCCUCAUGGGGACCUUCUCUGGCUCCUGCCGGCCCCGGGUCAACCCCUUUACCCCCUUUCCAGGCUUCUACCCCUGUUCUGAGGUGGAUGACCCUGGAGAUAGGGGGGACAGGAAGUCCCUGAAGGGUCUGAGCAGCAGGAACAGCCUGCCCACCCCACAGCUCCGCCGUGGCUCCACCUCUUCCCCUCUCUCACCUUCGGAGUCUGCCUCCACCCGCUGGGAACGUAACAAUAGCAAGAAACCGGGACCCCAUCCUGACUUCAAUAUGACCAGCUCACUAUCCAAUGGGCCCAAUGCUAACCUGCUGACCAUCCCUAAGCAGAGGUCCUCAUCAGUGACCCUAACAUACCAUGGCGGGCCGAGAAGAGCAGGUGCGUCCCCUAGUCUGAGUCCUGUCAGCUCUCCUAGCCACAGUCCUCCAGGGGCUGGGCCCUCCUCACAGGUCACACGUCCACCGGUGGAGUUCCCUGACACGGCGGACUUCCUCACAAAGCCCAGCGUCAACCUGCACAAGCCACUGGGUUAUACCCUCAGCUCCCCUGACUUCCAGGGGCUCUACCGCGGUUCUGGGUCUCUCUGCAACAGCUGUGGUCGCCAGCUACUGAAGAGCGCCCCUGGCAUAGAGGUGGGGGAGGGUCACACUGAGGCCCAGCGCAGACGCUCAGCAGGUGAAGGGUCAGAGUUCAUGGGGGAGCCCUUGAUCCGGGAGGAGAGUGUGGAGGCAGAGUCGGACAGGAGUCUUGACGCAGGGGGCCGGAACCAGACAGAGGAGGAGGUGGUGCAGAGCACAGCCACAGUGCAGCCGACUCAGGAAACAGAGGGUGGUGAGUUCAGACUAGACCCCCUGUUGGAGGACCACGAUGAACUCAUGAAGAAGAUCAACAGCUGGAACUUUCAGAUAUUUGACCUGAUGGACAGAACAGGAGGGAAGACCGGAAGAAUACUCAGCUACGUGACCUACACAUUGUUCCAGGACACUUGCCUGUUUGAGAUCUUUAAGAUCCCUGUGAGGGAAUUCAUGACCUACUUCUGUGCUCUGGAGAACGGCUAUAGGGAUAUUCCCUAUCAUAACCGGGUCCAUGCCACUGAUGUGCUCCACGCUGUCUGGUACCUGACCACCCGGCCUGUCCCAGGGUUCCAGCAGAUCCACAGUGAGCAUGUGACAGGAAGUGACACAGACUCAGACAGUGGGAUCUCGCCAGGCAGGGUAUCGUACGCCUCGUCCAAGAGCUCAUCCAUCUCGGACGAUAGCUACGGUUGCCUGGCAUGGAAUAUCCCUGCUCUGGAACUCAUGGCACUAUAUGUAGCAGCUGCAAUGCAUGACUAUGACCACCCUGGUCGCACAAAUGCCUUCCUUGUAGCCACCAACGCACCUCAAGCGGUGCUAUAUAAUGACCGUUCAGUUUUGGAGAACCACCACGCCGCAUCGGCAUGGAGCCUUUAUCUGUCCAGCCCAGAGUUCAACUUUCUAGCAAACCUGGACCAUGUGGAAUUCAAACGUUUCCGCUUCCUGGUCAUAGAAGCCAUCCUCGCCACCGACCUAAAGAAGCACUUUGACUUCCUCGCUGAAUUCAAUUCAAAGGUGAAUGAUGUGAACAGUCCAGGAAUCGAUUGGACUAAUGAAAAUGACCGGCUUCUGGUGUGCCAAGUUUGCAUUAAGCUGGCUGACAUCAAUGGGCCUGCCAAAGUGCGUGAUCUGCAUCUCAAGUGGACAGAAGGCAUUGUCAAUGAAUUCUAUGAGCAGGGAGAUGAAGAGGCCACUUUGGGCUUACCCAUCAGCCCCUUCAUGGAUCGCUCCUCUCCACAGCUGGCCAAGCUGCAGGAGUCCUUCAUCACACACAUCGUAGGACCGCUCUGCAACUCAUACGACGCCGCUGGCCUGCUACCCGGCUACUGGAUCGACCAGGAGCACUCUGACGAUGAGGAUGCCGAAGAGCAGGUGGAGGACACAGAGACUGAUGAAGACGAGCUGGAGGAGGAGCUCGAACCAAAAAGGAGAAAGGGCAGGCGUCGGCUGUUCUGCAACAUUAUGCAGCACCUGACGGAGAACCACAAGGUCUGGAAGAAGACCAUCGAAGAGGAGGAGAUGAGCAAGGAGAAGCAGCAAGCUGACAGCCUGCCCCCAAACAUGUCCCCCUCACCCUCCGAAGACCAGAUUCAGGUCAUCCAGGAGGAGGAGGAGGGAGAGGAGCGCCAGUAGCAGCGGGCGGGAGAAAAGGAAGCAAUGGAACAGAGCCAGGAUGCUUAGGAAGUGUAGAACAGUGAAGGAGAAAGUCCUUCAAUCCUUCCCUUUUAAACACACAACACAAGUAUACAUGACAUGCAUAAUAUAGACCAGGGAUCUCCGAAAAUGUUCCUGGAGAGCUACCUUCUGUAUGUUUACACUCCAACCCCACUUGGAACAAACCUGAUUCAGCUUAUCAACCAGAUAAGUCAUUAGAAUCAGGUGCAUUAGAUUCGGGUUGAAGGGGAAAACCUGUAGGAAGCUAAUGUUGGGAACAGGGUUGGAUAUCCUUGCUAUAGACACAUACCACACACACCUAAAUAUACACAGGAUGACCCUGUUGGAUCUCCGCGUUGAUAUUGUCACUGUGCUGAUACAGACGCUAAUGCAGUCAUGUUGUUAAAAAAGGCCUUACUACUGUGAGCGGAUCCUUGCUGCAAUGGUGGGAGCCCCACUCCUAUGCACUUUCACCCCAUGGAGAGUAGACCAAGAACAAACACCAGAGCUGACGACACUGGUGUGGAGAAAAAGGAAGAACAGGUCUGGAUGUGCCCUCCAUGGUGACUGGCUGUAAUGCUGCUUUGAAUGCAGAGCGCUUAAGUUUCCCUUUGGUACUAAAACUAAUCCUAUUAUUGAAAAUUAAAACAAGAACUUGAAGUGAUUGACACCCAUUACCAAAGCAAACAGUUUGAACAUGGAAAGACAAGACACUGAGACUGUUUCAGGCUCAUUGUCCGGAAUAUUCUAGAUUUAUAUAUCAAAUGUGCCUGUCUGAACCUUUACUGAGUCCCGUGGUCCAGAUCCUGGGUGGAUCUGUGCUAUCCUCUACCUUUGCUGGCGACACAAAACACUGUAUCACUUACUCAGUCACAGAGACAUUGUGGAAAUGCUGACUGAAAAUGAACAUUAUACCUGCAUCGUUUUUGAUGCCUUUAAGUCGUUUGUACCACCUGCCUUUCAUGUUUUAGUCUUUAUUUGUGUUGGUUUCAUUUUGUUUGUGUGAGUGUGCGUGUGUAUUAUUUCAGGAACGCUUGGUCGCUAAUCAUUGAAAUGUUCUCGGACAUGAUAUACAGUACCCUCUGUUGUUUAACAUAUUGCAUUCAGAACGUUAGUUCUGUUCCAAUGAAGGGAUUUUUUUUCCUUUUUAAUUUUAUUAUAUCUAUUUUUCACAGUUACUCAGGAUUCUCGUGAAGUUGAAUAAUUAUUUUUCAAGAAUUAAAUCAUUGAGUUUAAUACACUUUUCAAUCAAAGAUAAUUGAAUCUCUGUGAUUGAAAUAGUUUUUAAUCUUUGUAUGAACAACUUGAAAACAAGCAUAUUGAAGCAAUUGAACUGCUCCUCCAUGACAGAGAUAAGUACAGAAUGUCCUGUGUUUCUGUCACUCAAAAGCUGCUGCCGUGUGAGCAGUGUAUUUGCUUUACCUUCUUAAGACCUCACUGUAGAAUUGGGAUCCUUGAUUGUCAGUUGACUGCAAAAGACCUGUUUGCAGCAAAGCAACAUUUUGUACAUUGAAAUCCCAUAAAUAUUCAUUUACCGGAAUAGGUGAAUGUGUUUUAAAUGUAUUGCUGUUGGCGUUGUUUUUACAAACUCAAUCUAAGUUGAUUUAUUUUAGCCAUUCAGCAGAAACAACAGAUGUUCGCCAAACCCACAACGAGGCCAGUGCUUAGUGUUUCAGGGUUUCACCUUUACUUUGGUUUUGUUUGAAUUUUUCCUUAAGCUCUAUACCAUAAUGCAGGUUUAUUACUAAUAGUUCUAUAUUUUUGUCUGUAAGAACUCUAGGCAUUCCACUAGAAAAAAGCAAGUUUAAUGAUGGAGAAGGCAUAUCUGCAAGCCAAGCUCCCUCACCACCUUAUCAAGUAAUUUUCUCUGGUGAAUAAAGUUCUCAAAUAGGCAGUGUAAAUCAAAAUAGUAUAUUUAAAGACAAAAAAAUAUAUAUAAAUGUGCACAUUUUACUACCAAACAAGUGUUUAGCCUCUGCACAAAGAGUAUCUGCAUAUAAAUAUAUUCUAUUUUUUAAUUAAUCAACAGAAUGCAUCUGUUUUCUACACACAGCUGACAUAGUGUAUAUUGUACAUUGAGACCCUGUAAUUAUCAUCCUAUUUCCAGAGUUUCUAUCUAAUACUACAGGUGUGGAAUUGUGGGGUUUGGUGUUUUUCGUUUGGGUUCAGCUUCUCCUUGAUCGUUAUCAUAACCACUCAUUCUUGUCUUGAUUAUAAAUGAACUCUCUGUGGACUACUCAGUCCACCCAUCCACCUAAUCAGUGCCAAACUGUCCCUACACACAGCCCACUGCUCAGCCUCUGGGCCCACAUAACCUAGGCUUGAACCCUGAGUUUGUUAUGGUUGGCCGAAGAGGAGUGUUUGAACUCCUAGACCCCCAUCAGGCUCAGCCUGUGCGGCCUAGCCCAGGUGCUGUGGAGAGGAGAGCUCACUCGGACCCCUAGUUGUUGCUCAUCAAUUCAGUCCUGCCAGAUGAAUGACAGUCAGUCUGAUACUUAACAUCUGUUAUUUGUAUUCUUAAAUGAACUGUUGGCCAAUUGUUAAGCCUCAACACCCCCCCCCCCCCACAUAUUAUGUCUUAUUAUGUUGUAAAUGUUGAUUGUUUGUUGGCCUUUUACUGUGCAGUCUCACAAACCAUAGUGCCCUCAAAUGUCCUUGUCAUAAAUACAUCUACAGUAUGAAUGGCUGUUACCUUUAUGUAGCAAUGAGAUACUAUGUGUAUGUCUGUUGUAACCGUUCGAGUUUCAAUUGUGGGGGAAACACAUUUUUCUGUUGUUAUUUAUAGCUGUCAUAAAACACCAUCCCAAAAAAUAA